AAAAAAGAAGACGGGGUUCUUCACGUAGCUCAUCUCCAAGCGCUUCAAAGGGUCGUCAGUCCCGUAAGAAGCAUAAGGUAACCCUUCAUUCUUCUGAAAGGAGUGUUAAGUCUCCUAUCAAAAAGAAAUCUAAGAAAUCUAGAUCUAAAAAGAAAAAACAAAAAGCUCGUCAUCAUAGAUCUAGAUCUCCCAGUUCUUCUUCUGUGACGUCGUCAUCUUUGUCACAGACUAGAAGACAUAAACAUAAACGUCGUAGACGUAGCCCUAGUCCCAAUGGGUCCAGUUCUUCCUCUGUGACUUCGUCUUCUUUGUCACCUAAGAGAAAGAAUAAAAGAAAACGCCAUAGACCUAGUCGUAGUUCUCAUCGUCGUCGUCGAGAUUACAGGCGUUAUUCUUCUCCCUCAUCUUCAUCAGACUUUUCAAGGUCAGAUGAUAGAAGAAGGUAUUACAGACAUCGUCGUAGACCCUCUAUUGAUUCAAUUAGUCCAUCAGAGAGAGGUAGAAGGAGACAUCGUUUGUCCAAGUCUCCUUCACGACAUAGUCAUAGGCGCCGUAACAGGUCUUUUUCAGGACCACGUCAGUUGGUUCGUAGGUCCAUUUCUACUCAACGGCAACCUGGUAUUUCACAUAACAUCAGUCAUUUUCCUCGCCAAUUGUCACCCACACAUUCUCCUGUUAGAUUUGACAGAAAUGUUAUGGAACGAACUAAUUCUAUAGUAAGUUCAGAGAUGAGCAAAUUCUGCUCACCUCCUCAUGUUAACAGAACUUCUAGAUUAGACAACGACUUUGAAGAGGAAGAUGAUGAUGUCAUUGUGGAUAUGCCUUUGAGGGAAGAGUUUUCAAAGGCUAUAAAGCAGGUACAUGAAACUUUCCCAGACCUGAUUGGAGACUUAACUCCAUCAAGAGAUAAGUAUCAAUCAAAGUCUCUCGUUAGAGACAAAACUCCAAUUUCCUCGUCUUCGUUGGAAUUACCUUUUUGUCCAGGGGUGAAACACAACUUAGAAGUUAAUGCAAAGUUGUUCACAGAAUUACCUCACAAUGCCUUCAAAAAGGAUUUUCACAAUUUUGGUAAUAAGCGUUUCAAGAUCUCCAAAAAGCUUUAUAAGGUAGUCCCUGAGACUGAGGCACAGGUCAAACCAUGUGAGGUUGAUGAGGAUUUUUCAACCAUUUUAGGUCCAAAGUUUCAAUCAACAAGAAAUCUCAGUGAUAAAGAUACUAAGUUACCAAAUUCUGAUACCAAGUUAGAACCACGUCCAUUUAUUAACUUGAAAAACGUAUCAGAAUGGGAAUGUGUAUCUAGAGAACAACUGUGUACAGCUUCUCACACAGAGUGGUUUGUUGGUUCUGUUCGACCUAUUUUGGAAGAAAUGUUGCAAGAUGAAUCUCUUGAUAGUGCUUACAAUGAUAAAAUUGAUAAAUGCUUAGCUUUAAUAAAAGCAGCAGGGCAUUGUAUCGAAGAUGGGUAUAGACUAGGUUCCCACCUUCUUUCUCAGUUCGUUGGAGUACGUAGGCAUUCUUUACUCAGUCUGAGAGCUGACAAAGAGACUCCUUUUUAG